UUUCUUUUCCCUUACAUACACACAAGCAUUGCUCUCCUCCAUCUGCAAGCCGAAGCACAAAAGAAAUGCAAACCCAAACACCAUAUCGUUCCUGAUCAGCCACGGAUGCAUAUGUUCUUCCAUCCACUCCAUCACCCCUAGCUCAUCCAUCUGUGAGAGCGAGCGCCUGUAAUGGCCGAGUCGGCCGUCAGCGCGGUGGUCGGCAACGUGAGUACCCUUGCACUUCAAGAGACCACGCUGCUGUGUGGCGUCAGCACUGAAGUGGAGUUCCUGAAAGAUGAGCUCAAGCGGCUGCAAGGCUUCCUUAGGGACGCCGACAGCAAACGAAGGAUGGGAGUUUCGGGUGUUGCUGUCUUGGUGAGCCAGAUCAGAGACGCGGCGUAUGAGGCUGACAAUGUCAUCGAAGCUGCAGACCACAUGCACAAGAGAAACAGAUUGAAGAAGGGAUUCAUGGGCGCCAUUGCAAGGUAUGCUCGUCUACCAAGUGAUUUGAGUACCAUUCACAAAGUUGGUGUCGAAAUCAAACGUGUAAGAAGGAAGAUAUCUGAGAUAUUUGAGAGUGCAAACCGUUUGAAAAUAAUGGAUUUGGGGAAUGGUUCAGUGGAAAAUGCUCAUGUUAAUGAUGAGUUCCAACAAGACUAUGGUCCUAUGUACCAAAGCUUUGAAGAUAUUGACCUUGUUGGUUUCGAGGAGGAAUACAAAGAAAUAGUGAAGAAGUUAGUUGACACUCAAGACCACCUUGGUCUCAGUGUUGUCUCCAUAGUUGCCAUGGGUGGGGCUGGGAAAACAACACUUGCUAGAAAAGUCUACACCUCAUCUAGAGUCAAACAACACUUUGGGGAAAUUGCUUGGGUGACUGUAUCUCAAAAGUACAAGGGAGUUGAUUUACUAAAGGAUAUCUUUAAACAAAUAAUGGGCAGCAAAGAUGAGUCAGUUGAUAAAAUGAAUGAGUAUGAGGUGGGGAAAAAGAUCCAUGAUUUUUUGUUGCAGAGAAGAUACUUAGUAGUUCUCGAUGAUGUGUGGGAAACAGAUACAUGGGAGCAACUAAAUAAAAGGGUUAAAGUUUUUCCAGAUGCAACUAACGGUAGUAGGAUAAUGUUAUCCACGCGGAAGGAAGAUGUUGCAAAUCAUGUUCAGAUGCCAACCCAUGUUCAUCAUUUGAAGAAGUUAGAUGAAGAGCAAAGUUGGAAACUUUUUUGUAGCAAAGCUUUACCAUCAUACAAGAGAUCUGUUAUAGAUAAUGUGGACGAGCUUGAAAAACUUGGAAGAAAGUUUGCAAAGAAAUGUGAUGGAUUGCCACUUGCACUUGCAGUUUUGGGAGGUUAUCUAUCAAAAAAUCUAAAUGCACAAACAUGGUCCGAUAUACUCUCUGAUUGGCCAUCAACCAAGAAUGGACAGAUGAUGCGAGACAUACUGGCUCGCAGUUACAAGGACCUGCCAAAUCAUUAUUUAAGAGCUUGUUUACUAUAUCUUGCUGCUUUUCCCGAGGAUUAUGUAAUAUAUGUGCCAGACAUUAUUCAAUUAUGGAUAGCAGAAAGCUUCAUUCCACAUACACCAAAGCAUAUACUAGAAGGAACAGCACAUAAUUAUGUAACCGAGUUGGCUCAGAGAAGCCUGGUACAAGUUGUUGGCCGAAGUAGGGCACACGGAUGGAUUGAGAGAAUAAGGAUUCAUGAUAUUCUACAUGACUGGUGCACGGAAGAAGCAAGACAAGAUGGGUUUCUUGAUGCCAUCGACAAAACUACAGGUCAAGCUGGUGCAUCCUCAUCAUCACCAUCUGCUAACUUGGUGUCUUAUCGUUUUAGUUUUCAAACUCUGAGUGAUCAUAUUAUACCCUCGACGCCUAAUGUCCGAAGUCUGCCUGGCUUUAGACUCUCAUCAGCGUCCCUUUCUAAGUCGAGAUUCCUGAGAAUUCUUUGCAUUGAAGAUUCAACACUAAAAGAUUUCUCCGGUGUAAUUGGUGGUUGCAUUCACCUAAGAUUGCUUAGGUUGAGAUAUUGUGAAGGUGUGGCGCUCCCUUCUUCAAUUGGAAAACUCCUUUACUUACAGACAAUUGAACUAAGGAACAGUGCAUUGGACUCACAACCACAAGUACCAAACUCUCUCUGGGAUAUCCCUACUCUAAGGCAUGUUUACCUUGGCAAUGGGUUUUCUCCACCGCCACCUGCAAGGAGUGUGCGACUGCAGCCGAAAGAGCUACAGAGCUUUGUGUUGGAUCUUUAUCCUGCUGGCACCGAUUUCCGCUAUCAUGACAUGAUGAUUUUUUUGGGCCUGCUGAAUCAACUAACAACCUUCUCCUUGUCGAUUCACCCCAAUAUACCAGCGGAGGUGGUUAACUUAUUUGCAAACAUGCCUCACCUGGUUGAUAUUUAUCUCUUCAGAUUUGAUGUGCUGGAUAAGCUGCCUGCUGAGUUCCCCCAAAGCGUACGUCGUCUUGUUCUAUUUGCUGAUGUCGUAAAACAAGACCCAAUGUUGAUCCUGGAGAAACUACCCCAUCUGGUGGUGUUGGAGUUGAGUGGGUACCAAGGCCAAACCAUGUGCAGCUCUGCCCAAGGGUUUCCUCGUCUGCAAGAGUUAGCACUUCAUAGUUUUUCCACCAAGGAGUGGAGGAUGGAGGAAGGGGCAAUGCCAAAGCUCUCCCACCUGUCACUUUGGUUGUGCAAGAAGAUGAGCAAGCUCCCUGAUGGGUUGCUGCACCUUCCGUCCCUCGGUCACCUGAAGCUGAGCUCUAUGCCCCAGAUUUCUGAAGAUGACAUCACACGAAAGGAGCUGCAGCAGAAAGGAUGCGAGGUGGAAAGUGAAAACUAGGGGGUGAUUGCAGAACUGUGGGGGCGCGAGGAAUUCAUCUUCAUUCUCGUCUAAAAUCUGGCGCCCUCCCGAGUCAUUCUCGAACCCAUCCUGAUAUCCCUCCUUCUCCUCCCUCCCUUGAAGGACGCCAUGGGCGAUCGAUACCACAGCCUCUCUCCUCCAAUGGCCCCUCGCUCCUCCUGCUUCUCCUCCAAUGUCGCCGCCUCCUCGUCCUCCGAUGCCGUCGGCCGUGUACAAGGUGGAGCUGAGGUGGUCUUGGAGAAGCCUCUUUCCCUGGCGGCAGAGAGAGAUGGUGCUAAUCCUCCCAGAUGUCUGAUGCAUUUAUUUUCUUCCGUGUACAAAAGUGUCAGUUCAUUUUCAGCGCAAAAUGUACAUACAGUCCAGAAACUGGAUCUUAUUCCUUGUACAGAGCCAUGCAUGUCUUACUUUCCCAUAAGAGAUCCACAUAUGCAUAGAUGAAUACUUAUUGCGUGCUGAUGCAUCAAGUUCAUUCCUGAAAGAUUGUGGAGUAGUGUGGUUGUUGAUACAUGAAUUGGUUGUCAU